AUGAGUGAGGAAACUACCAAUCCUGAGGAAAUGCGCGUCGGCAACGCCGAUACCCAACCUCAUGACGAGCCUUCCUUGUCGAAGCAGGAGGAAGAUACCGUGAAACACAAUCAUGAAGACGAUGAAGAAGAAGGGGAAUUUGAGGACGUCAACUUGGAUGAGGAAGCCGAGGAUGACGAAGACGAAGAUGAAGACGAAGAUGACGACGAUGAAGCACUCCGUGGACGAAAGAAAAGAAGGGGUAAUCAGUUUCUGGAUGUUGAGGCCGAAGUCGAUGAUGAUGAAGAGGAAGAUGAGGAUGACGAAGAUGCUGAGAUACUUCGUAAUGAGUUCUUAGCAGACGACCAAGCACACGAUGAAACCGGUGUGGUGAGCGAUCGACUGCACAGGAAGCUGGAUCGUUCGAGGGAGAAACUUGACGAACAGGAUGCACAGGCUUUAGCAGACCAGUUCAAGGCGAGAUAUGGUCGUUCUGCAUCGUCCCGUUAUAUGGGAUCAACCACAAAUGUGUCUCAGCGUUUGUUGCUGCCAUCCGUUGAUGACCCUUUGAUUUGGGGUAUUCGUGUCAGAAAUGGGCUGGAGAAAGAGCUGGUCAAACAAAUUUAUGCUCGUAUGUUGAACAAGAGAUACACGGACGUUUUCAGUGCUUUCCAAAGAGACAACUUCAGUGGUUACGUUUACAUCGAAGCUCGCAGACUGGAUGCUGUGAAUCAAAUUAUCCAAGGCUUGCCUGGAAUGUACGCAAACAACAAGGUUCUUGUUCCAAUUGAGGAGUAUCCGGAUUUGCUUCGUCCUGGAAGAUCAAAUGAAGUUCAGCUGCAGCCAGGAUCAUAUGUGCGUAUCAAGGUUGGAAAGUAUAAAGGGGAUUUGGGAAUCGUCGAUAAUCUGGCCGAAAACGAUUUGGAAGUGCGAGUCAAGUUAGUUCCAAGACUGGAUUAUGGUAAAUCACAAGGUAGUCUGGAUUCUGGAAAGGGAAGACGUGGACCGGCAAGCUCGAAAUUUAGGCCACCACAGAGACUUUUUUCUGAGAUUGAGGCCAGUCAAAACGAUCCUGAACACCUGUCUACUGCUAGAAGAGAAAGAGGUUACUACAUCUACCGAAAUGAGGAGUUCAUCGAUGGGUUCUUGUACAAAGAUGUCAAGAUUCAGCAAGUGGAAACCAGAAAUGUCAAGCCAACUCUGCAUGAAUUGACGCUUUUCAACUCUGGAAGCAGCUCAGAGGGCAUUGAUUUGCAAUCAAUUGCCUCUUCCUUGAAGGAUGCUAGUGACAAGGCCAUUGUGUUUCAGCCUGACGACAGAGUGGAGAUUGUCAGCGGUGAACAAGCUAAGAUGAAGGGUAAGGUGGUUUCUGCGCCAGAAGCUAAAAUUGCCAGAGUUCAGUUGGAGGGUAAUGACGACCGAGAGGUGAACAAUUCCAUCGUGGAGGUGCCAACUUCGACGCUCAGAAAGAUUUUCCUUCCUGGUGAUCACGUGACUGUGAUCUAUGGUGUCCAUUCGAAUGAGAGCGGACUGAUUGUAAAGGUUGAGGAGAAUCAAGUUACGCUUGUUUCCGACCAGACUAAGAAAGACAUUACUGUGUUCCCUAACUAUUUGAUGAAGUCCAUCGAUUCCUCGACCAACUCGACGCAAACGGGAGCUUUUGAGCUAUUCCAACUGGUCAAGCUCAACUCGCAAUCUGUUGGAAUGGUUAUUCGGGCAGAGAAAGAAGUGUUUACGGUACUGUGCACUGACGGACGGGUUGUGAAGGUGGAGCCCAAGGCGAUCCAAUCUCCAUUGGAACUCAAUAAGAUGACCGAAAAGACAACCGACAGAAACGGUCUGGAAAUUGCAGUCGGAGACGUCGUCAAAGAAGUGUCGGGCGAGAGAAGAGAGGGAAACAUUGUGCAUAUUUACCUUUCGCAUCUUUUCUUGAAGUCCAAGAACGUUAUUGAAAAUAAUGGUAUCAUAGUGGUUGAUGCCACCGAAGUUCAAACUGUGUCCAAUAAGGGCUCCAUUUUGUCAACAUUCAAAGCCCCAGAUCUCAAUAAAAUGAAUCCAGACCGUCUGAUGCCUCCUCCCGCUGCUCCGAUAGUUGCUUCGAAGUUUGGUGGCCGUGAUAUCACUCUUAACCAGAAUGUUAGUGUCAGAAAGGGUCCUUAUAAGGGUAAGAAGGGUAUCGUGAAAGAUGCAAAUGGAGAAGUUGCUCGUGUUGAGAUGCAUAAUCCGGCCAAAAUCAUCCCAAUCAACAAAUCAGAUCUGCUUUUUGAGACUCGUCCUGGCCAGUUCGUGCCGUACGAACAAUACAUGGAAAAUUACAGGGGCAGACGUCCAGGCGCAGCAUUUUCAUCUGGAGGUGCUCCGAACGGUGGUCCAUUUCGCGGUAAUGGUCCUGAACUAGGCCCAGGAGGCGGGAGAACUCCAGCCUGGGGUAGUGGGGGCAAGACUCCAGCUUGGGGUAGCGGUGGUAAAACUCCUGCUUGGGGAAGUGGUGGUAAAACUCCUGCCUGGGGUAACGGAGGAAAAACACCAUCGUGGGGUUCUGGAGGAAAGACCCCAGUCUGGAACUCUGGUGGAAAAACCCCUGCUUGGAACUCGGGCGCAAAGACGCCAGCAUGGAACUCUGGGGGCAAAACGCCAGCAUGGAACAGUGGAGGCAAGACUCCUGCGUGGAACGAUGGUUCUGGCUCUGUGUGGGGAGGACGGUCUGCUUGGCAGCCUGACACCGAGACUCCUCGUGAGAACGAGUGGGGCGUUUCUCCUGCGGUUGGAGAUUGGACGGCUCCUACUCCCGCCAAAGAUGACGACGAUUACCAUCCCGAGUAA